UUAAGUGGUGUGGUUGUAAUAAUGAGUCAAUAGCCAAUAUGAUUUUUGUGUUGAUUCUGGCGUUCCUAGACUUAAGUAGUGCUCAAAUUAUACAACAAGGACAAUGUGAUCCGGAUAUCCAGUUGGCUACGAAUUUCAACGACACGGAAUUCUAUGGGAGAUGGUACGUAGUGGCCAGUACAAGUAGCAACCUCAUCAACGGGGAUUGCUCGUACUUUGAGUUUGCAAAUGAGAACAACGCUAUAUCUUUAUACAAGAGGAGCGUGAGGAACAAUUUCCUGGAGGAGCUAUCCGGAACAGCCUCCCUCCAAGCUGGAACUGCUAAAUUGUCCUUGACAACUACAUCUUCAACGCAACCCACCGAUUUUUGGAUUCUUUUAACCGACCCCGACUUGUACGCCUUGGGAUAUUCUUGCGAGAAUCUCGGCACAACUCAAAGAAGCAUAACAAUAUGGCAGUUGGGUCGAGAAUCUGUCUUCGAAUUCGAACUGAUCAAAGCCCUUAUGAAUGUGACCUUGAACAAUCUUCUGGGCAUAACUCUGGACGAUCUAAACAAGCUGGAUCACUCGGAGAUGGCUUGUGCAGUACUGCCACAGAUCCCAGAAGGAGAAUCUGUGGUGUUGCCUGGACAAUGUGAUCCCAAUGUAAGCGUGGUGGAAAAUUUUGAUGUUGAAGCGUUCACCGGUGUCUGGCACGAGAUCGCCAGCUACUACUCCCCAAACGCGCUGGGCGACUGUCCUCGAGCUGAGUACACCUUGGCAGGCAACGUUGUCAAUGUGGUUAACAGCCAAGUGGUCAAUCAGGCCCUGGACACGGUAUCUGGCACGGCCACACUCGCCAGCACUGACGGAAGCGGACGCCUGACAGUCCGACUGGAAAUAGCCCCAGGAUUCUUUACCGAGUCUACUCUAUUGAUACUUGCAACUGACUAUAGUGAUUAUGCUGUAUCCUAUGUUUGUGUGGAUCUUCCUGACAACCAGAAGCAAGUAACAAGUUGGAUUGUGAGUAGAACCCGCCAACUGUCAGCAAACGCGACGGCUGCUGUCGCACAAGUGAUAAACUCGCAACUGGACUUGAACACGCAGUUCUUCAUACCGGCUGACCAGAGCGAUGCAGCGUGCUUCUACUUCCCCGACCCAGUGCCGAAACAGCCCGUCAUCUUCAGGGGACAGUGCGAUGAAAGUAUUCCGGCUAUGGCCAACUUUGAUCCGGAAAGAUACAUGGGAAUCUGGCAUGACAUUGAGUCAUAUCCAUCAGAAUUUCAAGAAGGCGCUUGUAACAAUGCGGAAUAUGAACUCAGGGACGGUGUAGUCGACGUAUAUAAUACUCAAGUAAUAGAACAGCAGCUGGACACCAUAAGAGGAGUAGCGAGAUUAGCAUCUACCGAUGGUAGCGCAAAAUUGGUGGUCAGCUUCCCUAUAGAAGGAACAAAUCAAACAACCGAAACAAAUUAUUGGGUUCUUGACACUGACUACUCAAACUAUGCCUUAGUUUACUCUUGUGCAAAUAUAAACGAAGACGAAAGAAGAGUUUGGAGUUGGAAACUAAGCAGAAGAAAACAAUUGACUGUGGAACAAAAUAAUCUAAUCAAUCAAGUUAUUGCAACUACACCUGUACUCGACCAGCGAUACUACGAAAUGAAGGAUCAAAGCGUGGAAGGUUGUUUCUACUUCCCAGAACCACAGGGGGGGGUGCCAGUGGUGUUCCCUGGACAAUGCGAUGAGAAUAUCCCUGUCGUACAGACAUUUAAUUUAGAAGAGUUCGCAGGUACAUGGUACGAAGUUCAGGCAUACCCAAAGGAACAACAGUCCGGACAAUGUAUCGGACACGCAAUGACGUCAUCAAUGAACGUCCUAAACCUUCAGUCCUCAAGUGUUACGGACCAACAACUGCAGGUUACUACCGGGACCAUCUCAUUCGCAUCAACCGACGGAAGCGCGAAAUUGGUUAUAACCAUCAACAAUGGUGUACAAAUACCUUAUUGGAUUUUACGGACUGAUUACUCAAAAUAUGCCUUGGCGUACGCCUGUGAAAAUGAUGGUGAAGACUUCAGACGAAUUUACAGUUGGAAACUUAGCCGCGAGACUCAGCUUAGUAAUAAUUCCAUCAACGAGAUUAAUAUUGCUACGUCCGACAUUGUCGUUCUGGAUGACCGGUAUUUUGAAGACAUAGACCAUUCAGAUAGAGCUUGUUUCUACUUACCUGACAUUCCUGCUGGAGAACCUUUUAUCAUUGAUGGGCAAUGUGAUACCAAUAUCCAGGGAAUAGCGAAUUUUGAUGCAGGCAGCUAUUUAGGUCGUUGGCGACUGAUUGAGAGCUACGCAAGUGAAUUCCAAACUGGUACUUGUAGUGAUGCUACUUAUUCCCUGGGAAGUGACAAUACCGUAGUCGUCGUGAACAGUGAAGUCGUCAAUCAGAAUCUGGUGACGAUCACUGGUAGUGCAGUCGUAUCGAGCACAGAUAAUAGUGGGAAACUUCUUGUAACUUUCCCUGGAGCUCCGGAACCGAUUGAAUACAUCAUUCUGGAUACGGAUUACAGUAACUAUUCACUUGUGUACAGCUGUUCCAACAUCAACAACCAACAAAGACGAAUUUGGAGUUGGAAAAUGAGCAGAUCACGAGAAUUAACUGAAACGGCUAUAGAGAAUAUUAAUCGAGUGAUAGAUGAUAUUGAUGUUCUAAAUAACCGUUUCUAUGAAGUUGUCAACCAGUCAGAUGACGGAUGCUUCUAUUUUCCCACAUACGACGAUCCAAAUACGCCCGUAAUUUUCCGUGGAAAAUGCGACCCUAAUGUCAACGUUGUUAGAGAUUUUGAUGCUCAAGCGUACAUGGGAAAAUGGUAUGAUAUUUCUUCGUAUCCUUCUGUGUUCCAAAGUGGUUCAUGUAACACGGCAGAGUAUACACUAGUCGGAGGUACUGUGGACGUAUUUAAUACACAAGUAAUCAAUGAAACUUUGGAUACUAUAAAUGGCGUUGCCAGAAUUUCCAGUACUGAUGGAAGUGCCAAACUAGUGGUGAAUUUCCCCAUCGAAAACACUAAUCUCACAACUGAAACCGACUACUGGGUACUUGCUACGGACUACAUUAGCUAUUCCCUUGUUUAUACAUGCGUAGAUAUACCAGAAGAUGAAAGUAGACAAGUAUGGUCUUGGAAGCUAAGCAGAAGCAGGCAGCUAACUGAAAAUGCUGUAAAUAACAUAAAUACUGCUAUUAACGCUGUCCAAGUCCUUGACAAUCGGUAUUAUGUCGACAAUGAUCACAGUGAUGAAGGAUGCUUCUACUAUCCCGAACCAGAGGCUGGCGUUCCAGUGGUAUUUCCUGGAUUAUGUGACUCCACCAUACAGGCUGUACCUAACUUCAACAUGGAAUCUUUCAGCGGGGAUUGGUAUGAAAUUGAGGCAUACCCCAAGGAGUUCCAACCCGGACAAUGCGUGAGCCACGAAUACACGUCUGGUACUGGCAACACAUUGAAUCUCGUUUCAACUAAUGUCAACAACGAGACACUAGGUACCAGCUCUAGUGUUCUUCGGUUUGCCUCUGUUCAGGAUACAAGUGGAAGAUUAGAACUGGUGACCACAUCUAAUGGCGCUGAGAUAGUAAUACCUUUCUGGAUUAUUGCCACAGACUACAAUAGAUAUGCAUUAGCUUACAGUUGUGUCGAUGAUGUUGCUAAUAACCAAAGAACUGUAUACAGCUGGAAGUUAAGCCGAUCUAAAGAAUUGUCGACUAUUGAUAGAACUUUGAUCGAUGCCGCCAUUAAUAAUGUCCAAGUGCUGGAUAACAAAUAUUUCGAGCCAAUCGAUCAGUCAGAUGAUGCUUGUUUCUACCUACCUGUUCAUGUUCCUGGACAACCUGUCAUCUUCCCUGGACAGUGUGAUGAAAAUAUUACCGUCAUUCAAGACUUUAAUGCUGCUGGUUAUUUGAAUCGUUGGCGUUUGAUUGAGAGCUACCCGAAUGAAUUUCAAGACGGUGACUGUAUCGACGCCACAUAUACCCUUAACGACAAUGGUUCCAUUGACGUUUACAAUACACAAGUGAUAAACCAAGAGCUUGAUACUAUUGUAGGUUAUGCUACCUUCGCUGUUGAUGCUACGACAGGGAAACUUCUAGUGUAUUUCCCGGACACUCCAUUUCCGGCGGAGUAUUGGGUGUUGGAUACUGAUUAUGACACUUUUGCACUUGUGUAUAGCUGCUUCAAUUUAAACACCGAACAGAGAAGAGUAACGAGUUGGAAGAUGAGUCGUACAGCACAGUUAAGUUUAGAAGCAGAAGAAAGAAUAGAAAGGGUUAUGGAACGUAUUCCCGUAUUAAAUUCCCGAUACUUCGAGCCCGUGGAUCAGUCAGAUGCUGCUUGCUUCUACUAUCCUGAGGCAACUGGUCAACCAGUGGUUUUCCGUGGGCAAUGUGACCCUAAUGUCAAUGUUGUUAGAGAUUUUGAUGCUCAAGCGUACAUGGGAAAAUGGUAUGAUAUUUCUUCGUAUCCUUCUGUGUUUCAAAAUGGUUCAUGUAACACGGCAGAGUAUACACUAGUCGGAGGUACUGUGGACGUAUUUAAUACACAAGUAAUCGAUGAAACUUUGGAUACUAUAAAUGGCGUUGCCAGAAUUGCUAGUACUGAUGGAAGUGCCAAACUAGUAGUGAAUUUCCCCAUCGAAAACACUAAUCUCACAACUGAAACCGACUACUGGGUACUUGCUACGGAUUACAUUAGCUAUUCCCUUGUUUAUACAUGCGUAGAUAUACCAGAAGAUGAAAGUAGACAAGUAUGGUCUUGGAAGCUAAGCAGAAGCAGGCAGCUAACUGAAAAUGCUGUAAAUAACAUAAAUACUGCUAUUAACGCUGUCCAAGUCCUUGACAAUCGGUAUUAUGUCGACAAUGAUCACAGUGAUGAAGGAUGCUUCUACUAUCCCGAAGUAGAGGCUGGCGUUCCAGUGGUAUUUCCUGGAUUAUGUGACUCCACCAUACAGGCUGUACCUAACUUCAACAUGGAAUCUUUCAGCGGGGAUUGGUAUGAAAUUGAGGCAUACCCCAAGGAGUUCCAACCCGGACAAUGCGUGAGCCACGAAUACACGUCUGGUACUGGCAACACAUUGAAUCUCGUUUCAACUAAUGUCAACAACGAGACACUUGGUACCACCUCUAGUGUUCUUCGGUUUGCCUCUGUUCAGGAUACAAGUGGAAGAUUAGAACUGGUGACCACAUCUAAUGGCACUGAGAUAGUAAUACCUUUCUGGAUUAUUGCCACAGACUACAAUAGAUAUGCAUUAGCUUACAGCUGUGUCGAUGAUGUUGCUAAUAACCAAAGAACUGUAUACAGCUGGAAGUUAAGCCGAUCUAAAGAAUUGUCGACUAUUGAUAGAACUUUGAUCGAUGCCGCCAUUAAUAAUGUCCAAGUGCUGGAUAACAAAUAUUUCGAGCCAAUCGAUCAGUCAGAUGAUGCUUGUUUCUACCUACCUGUUCAUGUUCCUGGACAACCUGUCAUCUUCCCUGGACAGUGUGAUGAAAAUAUUACCGUCAUUCAAGACUUCAAUGCUGCUGGUUAUUUGAAUCGUUGGCGUUUGAUUGAGAGCUACCCGAAUGAAUUUCAAGACGGUGACUGUAUCGACGCCACAUAUACCCUUAACAACAAUGGUUCCAUUGACGUUUACAAUACACAAGUGAUAAACCAAGAGCUUGAUACUAUUGUAGGUUAUGCUACCUUCGCUGUUAAUGCUUCGACAGGGAAACUUCUAGUGUAUUUCCCGGACACUCCAUUUCCGGCGGAGUACUGGGUGUUGGAUACUGAUUAUGACACUUUUGCACUUGUGUAUAGCUGCUUCAAUAUAAACACCGAACAGAGAAGAGUAACGAGUUGGAAGAUGAGUCGUACAGCACAGCUAAGUUUAGAAGCAGAAGAAAGAAUAGAAAGGGUUAUGGAACGUAUUCCCGUAUUAAAUUCCCGAUACUUCGAGCCCGUGGAUCAGUCAGAUGCUGCUUGCUUCUACUAUCCUGAGGCAACUGGUCAACCAGUGGUUUUCCGUGGGCAAUGUGACCCUAAUGUCAACGUUGUUAGAGAUUUUGAUGCUCAAGCGUACAUGGGAAAAUGGUAUGAUAUUUCUUCGUAUCCUUCUGUGUUUCAAAAUGGUUCAUGUAACACGGCAGAGUAUACACUAGUCGGAGAUACUGUGGACGUAUUUAAUACACAAGUAAUCGAUGAAACUUUGGAUACUAUAAAUGGCGUUGCCAGAAUUGCCAGUACUGAUGGAAGUGCCAAACUAGUGGUGAAUUUCCCCAUCGAAAACACUAAUCUCACAACUGAAACCGACUACUGGGUACUUGCUACGGACUACAUUAGCUAUUCCCUUGUUUAUACAUGCGUAGAUAUACCAGAAGAUGAAAGUAGACAAGUAUGGUCUUGGAAGCUAAGUAGAAGCAGGCAGCUAACUGAAAAUGCUGUAAAUAACAUAAAUACUGCUAUUAACGCUGUCCAAGUCCUUGACAAUCGGUAUUAUGUCGACAAUGAUCACAGUGAUGAAGGAUGCUUCUACUAUCCCGAACCAGAGGCUGGCGUUCCAGUGGUAUUUCCUGGAUUAUGUGACUCCACCAUACAGGCUGUACCUAACUUCAACAUGGAAUCUUUCAGCGGGGAUUGGUAUGAAAUUGAGGCAUACCCCAAGGAGUUCCAACCCGGACAAUGCGUGAGCCACGAAUACACGUCUGGUACUGGCAACACAUUGAAUCUCGUUUCAACUAAUGUCAACAACGAGACACUUGGUACCAGCUCUAGUGUUCUUCGGUUUGCCUCUGUUCAGGAUACUAGUGGAAGACUGGAAUUAGUCACUACAUCAAACGGUGCCGAGACAGUGAUACCUUUCUGGAUAAUUGACACUGACUACAGCCGAUAUGCGUUAGCUUACAGUUGUGUUAAUGAUGUACCCAACAACCGAAGAGCAGUAUACAGUUGGAAAUUGAGCAGAUCAAAAGGAUUAUCAGCUAUUGACAACAAUUUUAUCAACACCGCAAUGAACGAUAUCCAGGUGUUGGAUAACAUGUAUUUUGAAACGAUCGAUCAAACGGACGAUGCCUGCUUUUACUUACCUGAGUAUGUUCCCGGACAGACGGUUACUUUCCCUGGACAGUGUGAUCAAAAUAUAAGAGUUGUGCAAAACUUUAAUGCUACCGCUUAUCAAGGACGCUGGAGGAUGAUCGAAACCUACCCAUCAGACUUCCAAGGCGGUGACUGUAGUGACGCUACAUACACUAUCAACGAACAGGGAUCUGUAGAUGUGUACAAUACGCAAGUCAUAAGUCAGAAUCUCGAUACUGUUAACGGGAAUGCAGUGUUAGCGACGACUGAUGGUAGUGGAAAAUUACUCGUCACCUUCCCCGACGCCCCAUUUGCGUCUGAGUAUUGGAUUUUGGAUACGGACUAUGAUAAUUUUGCUCUUGUCUAUAGCUGUUUCAACGUCAACAGUGAAGAACGUAGAGUCUGGAGCUGGAAGCUAAGUCGUACAACUUCUCUUAGCACUGAAUCACAAAACGCUAUUAACGCAGCAGUCGAUUCAAUCAAUGUACUGAAUGAUCGGUACUAUGAAAGGAUAGACCAUUCAGAUGAUGCCUGUUUCUAUUACCCAAUACCUGAUGGAAAUCCUGUUAUAUUCAGAGGCCAGUGUGAUGAAAGUAUAGAAGUGGUACAAAACUUUGAUGCUGUGGCGUACAUGGGUAAAUGGUAUGACUUAGAGAGCUAUCCGGUAGCAUUCCAAGACGGUACUUGCCCUACUGCCACAUACGAGCUGACUGGUGAUGGAGUCUCUGUUUACAAUACUCAAGUAGUGGCCCAAGAACUGGACUUUAUUUAUGGGCAGGCUCAACUUGCUUCUACUGACGGAUCAGCUAAGCUGUUAGUUACCUUCCCAAUUGCUGGAACAGAUAUAAUGACGCCACCGUCACCCUACUGGGUACUAGAUACGGACUACAGUAGCUUUUCGCUGGUUUACUCUUGUGUAAACGUUGAUGAAGAACAUCGCAGAGUAUCUAGCUGGAAGUUAAGCAGGGAGUGGAAUCUUAAUCAGACAGCAGUGGACGCUAUCAAUGCUGCUAUCGCAAGAGUACCUGUACUAAGCCAAGAUUAUUAUGUGACGCGAGGUCAUGAUGAAGAGUCUUGCUUCUAUUAUCCUGACAAUGAAGGUGGACCGGUGGUGUUGAGCGGGAGCUGCGAUAUCGACAGCAUCAACAUCGUCUCCGGUUUCGAUGUCAACGCUUUCUCCGGCAGUUGGUAUGAAGUGGAACGGUACCCGUCAGAACUGCAGUCAGGUGAUUGUGUGGCGAACGUCUAUGAAGUUGUCGGAACAAAUUCAUUUGACGUUACGAUGAGCAUCGUAGACAAUGAACGUACCACAGUCGUGACUGGUCCAGCUACUGUAUCAGACAAUAGAGGCAUAUUAGAUGUCAACUUAUCUAAUGGGGAAGGCGUGAGCUUCGCUGGAACCAUGUUCGUGGUGGAUGUUGAAUACAACGAUUUCGCAUUGCUGUACGCAUGCGCUGAUGUUGGCAAUAGCAGCAGACAACUCUACAGCUGGAAGCUUAGCAGAUCACAGGAAGGCCUAUCUACUAACGCCAAUGAAAGGAUUGAGGCAAUUGUCAACAAUACCGUGGAUUUGUUCAGCGGUUACUAUGAAGAGACUGAUCAGACUCUCAACGGUUGUUUCUACUAUCCAGAAUAUGAAGGCGAACCUUCAAUAGACUUAAUUGGACCAUGUGAUGAAACUAUACAAGCAAAACAAGACUUUGACGCAGAAAAGUACCUCGGCCAAUGGUAUGAGAUCGCCAGCUAUCCUCAAUUAUUCCAAUUUGGCGAAUGUGCGCGUGCGAUAUAUUCCCUCGGCGACGACGUCGUGGAUGUAUUCAACACUCAAGUUUUUAACCGCACUCUGGAUACCAUGACUGGAACUGCUGUCGUCGCUUCUACCGAUGGCAGUGGAUUGCUCUCAGUCACGUUCGAACUGGCGGGUGGAAUAGUCAACGUGGCCAAUUACUACGUACUUGAAACGGACUACGAAAGUUUUGCGCUGGUGUACAGUUGCAGAAACUUAGAUAAUGGAAAUAGACAAGUUACAAGCUGGAAACUCAGUCGCGGUCCAACUUUAAGUAGUGAAGCGGAGGAAAUCAUGAAACCAAUCAUCGAUUCAACCCAGGGACUGCUAGAAGAAUACUAUCAACCGACUAGUCAAACGGAAGACUCUUGUUUCUACAUACCAGAGGUUAACACAAAUGAGGCUCCUCUCUUCCGUGGUCGAUGCGAAGAAAUAUCUGGAAUGAAUGGAUUUGACCCCCAGAGGUAUGAAGGAUGGUGGCAUGAAAUCGAGCGGUAUCCAGUCGACGGCAAUGUUGGUGACUGCAUCAGCUCAACCUUCAGCGCUGUAGGCAACCAAUACCAAGUCGUCGAUACCAGCGUCUUCGACGUCGUCGCUGAAAGUAGCACCAGUACAGUCACAGUUACCAGUGAUGGCAGACUCACGAAGACUUACAGCGAUGGACGUGUUGAAGACGUAUGGGUGCUUGCGACAGAUUAUGAUAGUUAUUCUCUAUUGUACUCUUGCGAGAAUAUUCCUGAUAGUGAAUAUAUGAGAGUAUGGAGCGCAAAACACAGUAAAGCAAGAAGUCUAACACAAGCUGCGCAAUAUUCUAUGGCACCACUCAUUGCUGCUAAUAGAGUGCUGGAACCACAUUUCUACCUGGCAGUAAACCAAAGUGAUGACGCCUGUUUCCACUACCCAGAACAGAGCGGUGACCAGGUGAUCCUACCUGGACAGUGUGAUGAGAAUAUACCAGUUCAACAGCAGUUCGAUCCAGCACAAUACACAGGGACAUGGUAUCAGAUAGAGAGGUACCCUCAGAUCCACGAAAGUGGAUCUUGCGUCGGUGCCAGGUACACGCUGGACGAGGACACUGGCGUAGUGACUGUCCUGAACUGGCAAGUGAUCGAGGACGCACUGGACACAGUGACUGGAACAGCUACUGUGAAUUCAACUGACGGAUCCGCUAAGCUAGUCGUCAAUCUGCCCAUCCGAGAUGGUGAUGAUGAAGAGAAUCCCACCAUGGUGUCGAUGUGGCUUUACGUGUUGGAGACGAACUACCUCUCAUACUCGGUGGCGUACAGCUGCGUUAAUGUAGGAGACUUCCACCGAUCGGUUGGCGUAUGGAAGCUGAGUAGGACUCGUAGCAUGCUCGAAGCUGACGUCACCACCAUCAACGCGUUAAUAUCACGCAGACCGGAGCUCCACCAGCCUUACUUCAUCCAGGUGGAACAGAGCGAAGACUGCGACGAGCCCAGUUCGUCGGCGACUGUCUACAGUAGUAUUAUUGUAUUGUUACUUUGUGUUAUCGUUAAUGCAUUAUCUUAA